AUGGCUGACGAAAAGUCGAAGGAGGGAGUCAAAACUGAAAACAACGACCACAUUAAUUUGAAGGCGGCAGGACAAGAUGGUUCGGCGGUGCAAUUUAAGAUUAAGAGGCACACACCACUUAGUAAACUAAUGAAAGCCUAUUGUGAACGAGAGGACACACCUGCACAGUUGGAAAUGGAGGAUGAAGAUACAGUUGAGGUAUUCCAGUAG